UGACUGCCAAUCUGAUCACCACCUCUCUACGCAGCACAGACAGACCCAACGGCAGGCUGCUGGCAGGGAGAAAAACACAAGCUUGUGAUUGGCAUCUGCACUCACAAUGUUGCUGGGAAACAGAGCGGGCCAAGGGAGGUUGUCGAUGAAGUGUGGAGCUUAGAGCCAGCUGCGUGAGCUGCCCUUCUUGCAAUUGACAAUUUAGAUUGUGUAACAAACGGAGGGAGGAAUAGACUGGGAAUGGACAAAAGGACCAUUUCUUAUUAGAAAAAUAAGGAGCCACAAAGGAUAACACGAAGAAUCUGCUGGAUGUUGUUUGCCCUCCAUCUUUGGGAUCGUGAUGGGGACCAGCGAGGCGGCACUUCGCAUGGACAACGUUGAGCUGAAAGAGGAGUGGCAAGAUGACGAUUUUCCCAGACCAAUACCAGAGGAACAAAUGAUGGAUGUACUUGGACGUUUACCAGCUCUAGAAAACAGAACUCUGCCCCCGAACACGUUGAAUAUCAACGGGAAUCAUCCAAAGCGCAAAACCCUAGUUGCCCCGGAAAUCAACAUCUCCCUGGAUCAGAGUGAGGGCUCUAUCUUGUCAGAUACACCUGACGACCUGGACAUCAAUGUCGAUGAUCUGGAGACUCCGGAUGAGACAGAUUCCCUGGAAUAUUUGGGAAAUGGUAAUGAGUUGGAAUGGGAAGAUGAUACUCCAGUUGCAAGUGCUAAAAAUUCUCCCAGUGCAAAAGGGGGCUCUUUUGAUGGAGAGGACGGCGAAGCCACCAAUGGGAGACUGUGGAGGACAAUCAUCAUCGGAGAACAGGAGCACAGGAUUGACAUGAAGAUCAUCAGACCAUACAUGAGAGUGGUGACUCAUGGAGGCUAUUAUGGUGAAGGACUGAAUGCGAUUAUCGUAUUUGCUGCGUGUUAUCUGCCCGACAGUGGAUGUACAGACUAUACCUACAUCAUGGAAAACCUCUUCCUGUAUGUGAUCAGCAUCUUGGAGCUGCUGGUUGCUGAAGACUACAUGAUCGUGUACCUGAACGGAGCCACUCCUCGCAGGAGGAUGCCCGGCCUGGGCUGGCUGAAGAAGUGCUACCAGAUGAUAGACAGGAGGCUACGGAAGAAUCUGAAGUCAUUAAUAAUCGUCCACCCAUCCUGGUUUAUCAGGACUGUGUUGGCAAUAUCCAGGCCUUUCAUUAGUUUUAAGUUCAUGAGUAAGAUUCAGUACGCUUACACCCUCUCUGAAGUGGAGCAGGUGAUUCCGAUGGAACAGAUGCAGAUCCCAGAGUGUGUUUUACAGUUUGAAGAAGAAAGAAUCAAAGCUAAGCGACCGAGGACAGAGGAAAAUGAAAACACAACUGAGAAAAACAGAUCUGGAACUGCAGUGGAAGGGCAGGAGUAAAGAUGCUGCCUGACUUGCUGAGUAUUUCCAGCACUUUCUGUUUUUUUCCCCUGCGGUACCUUGUUUUUUGUGAAUGAAAAAACAAUUUCUUGACAGUAUUAAAAGGGUUUUGUCCGUGUUGUGAGGAGAUGAUUUCAGUAAUGGACAGUUAAUCACAUGUGAAUAUUCACUGGAAAUGUGUCAAAUUGCAGCGUUCUUGACUUGUCCAUGGACACUGUUCUAGAGUCAGAGUGAUAGAGUGCAGAAAGAGACCCCCUGGUCACUGAGUCCACAUUAAACCCCAGUUACACUGUGACCCAUUUUAUGCAUCAGCUCCCCCCACUCAGUCACACUCAUCUACACACUAGGGCAGUUUUCCACGACCAACUAACCGACCAACCUGCAUGUUUUGGGAUGUGGGAGGAAAUGGGAAGAGAUUGACUCGAGCAGAUCUUCUGUAUUUUUGUUUACUCUUCAUCUAGACAUCCCGUUGCUUGUCUGUGUAUCUGUUAGCAUUGGACAGGCUCAAACCCAGGCCACAAUUCCCCACUACUUUUGUUGAAAGAACCAGACAGCUGUCUCUAUUCCUCAAUGCCUCUAUGAAUCACCGCCCUAGUGGGAGCAGAUUGUAAUGUUAUAUCCACCUGCUGCAGCUUUACUGUGUUCCCCUAAACUAAAUCACUGCAGAAAUAUCUUUCACACCAAUCCAACAGUCUUCCUCAGCCCAGAUACACUUGAAAAUGGAAAGAAAUGCUGAUAAUGUGAGAGGGAUUGAGAGCAGUAAACAUUGUCAAAGACCAUUGGGUUCCUGUAUUGUGGAUUUGAAGUAAUCAGAUUUACACGAUGUCUAAAGUAUAACAUGCAAGAGGAUGGAACUUAUUUUCCAAAAUAAUCUUUUGAAUACAGAAUAUCAUCAUAAUCAUAAUUGUCAUUUACUAGCUAAGUAUGUUUAGCAACAUACGAGGAAUUUGAUUUGCCGUUCAGUCAAACCAAAAAAGCAACAAGACACACAACUACAUAAAAUUUGACAUAAACAUCCACCACAGCGGCUCCUCCACAUUCCCCACUGUGAUGGAAGGGAAUAAGGUCUUAUCUCCUUUCCUCCAUCCUCCCGCAGUCGGGGGAGUCGAACCACCCACAGCCGGUGAUCGAGCUCCCAAGUCGGGGCGGUCGAACUCCUGCGGCUUGGAGCUCCCGAAGUCGGUCGCUAACCAGGGACCGCGAGCUCCGUAAUGUUAAAGUCCGCAGCUCCCGCAGCUUGGAGCACCAAACGCCGACUCCCGGCAAAGGGAUGGCCCACUGCGAGAUGUUCAAGUCCGCAGGCUCCAUGGUUUUGGAGCUCUAGAAGUCCCAGCUAGAGGCCGCCAGCUCCACCAUGUUAGGCCGCAGUGCAGACGGACAUACGACAUGGAAAAAGUUGCAUCUCAGUGAAGGAAAGAGAUGAGAGUCUCCUCCACCCGGCCCACCACAUAAUACAAACUAAAGAUAAACUAAAACAUACAUGUUACAACAAAAUAAACACACAAAGAAGGAGAAACACAAAGACAGGCCGUUGGCGAGGCAGCCAUCGUGCGGCACCCCCUGCUGUUUAAUAUAUUAAGCUAACUGUAAUAUUAGAAGAAAGUAAGCCCACAAAUGGCAGUGUAGUGCAGCAGAGGAGGGUACAAGUUAGAGACCCUAUUGUUUGUUUGACCUCCUCUCCUAUCCAUCCCAUUGUGCCACAUGUCCCUGUGUAUUGAUCUCAAUGCUUGUGAUACCUGGCUGAAGUGGCCAAGCUUCACGUGUGGGCUGAGACAGAGAAUGCAACCAGGAUAUUGAACUGGACGUUAACAGCAGUUGCUGCAAAAUAGCUUCACACAACAUCCACUUCCUCACCGAGAUUGCAGAUUGAUGAAGAAUAGAAAUAGUGAGUUUCCUCAUUGGAAAAUAGCAGGUUAAUGACUCGGUUACAUGAGUGGAUGCAAGGUGGUAGGUCGUUGACAAAUAGUAACUUUGGUCCCUUUUAUUGGGAACACGGGCAGGUGGGACUAGUGUAGAUGGUUCAUGUUGGCCGGGGCGGGCAAGAUGGGCCGAAGGGUCUGUUUCCACGCUGUAUCACUCUGUGACUCUGUGAUAGUGCUGGGGAAGCAACAAAACCCUGACUUUCACUAUCAAGGUUGAAAUAUUCAAUCUUCAAGAUAUUCAAUAUUUAAAAAAAUAAUUGAAGUAAGUAUUUUGACCAUAAAACCAUCUCGUUAUCUUUCUGUUCUAGGAAGUUGAGAAGUUUCACGUCAUAGAUUGGAAUUCAGAGAAAACAGGAUGAAGUUCUUGGCAAAGUUGUUGUGAAAUUUCUGACACAAGUUAUAUAGUUUGUCAAUGGUUGAUUUUCACUCUGUGUCGCUGACUAUAGGAUCCAGACACUGGGCCAGGAUCAUCUGAAUUCUGUCGCCAUUAAUCAUGUGGCUCACAUCGUCACAUGGAAGUAUGUUAGGUUAAGGUCGUAACUCUGUUGUCACCACAUCUCCUUUUUAUAUACAUUAUUUAGUACUUUGGUUUUGCCAACCUUGUUCCUCCCCGUCCUCUCCUGAAGCACCACCAUCCAUUGCUCUGUCAGUAGUCUCAAAGGCACCAGCCCCCCCCCCCCCACUACACAUCAGCCUCCAUGUCCGAUGUCAGCAGCAUCUUGUCAAGGUAUCUCAGCCGCCUCGUCUCCACAACCCAAGACUCCUGCAGUUUCUGAAUAAAACCCACGACUGACUGAAAGCUUUCAGGCUUUGAAGUGAAUUAAGCUCCAAAUGUUCUUAAUCCACUUACCUUGAAUUAUAAGGAUAUGCAGGAGAUUAUUUCAUCAGUUGGCCUCUGUGGAAAAAGUGUGUAGCCAGAUAAAUGUUUCAAAGCACCUGACCCAUGAUUAUUGGAGAAGGGUUUUGGUGCUAGUUUGUUACAUUCCAAUGAGUAGUUGGGACAAAGGUGGUCAAGUUAUUAUUUAACACUAACCGCAGUAAUUGCAAUGAAAAUCAAAUGAGUGCUGUUGUGCAGGUUGGAGCUGGUUUGUUGCGACCAGCAUGUUCUCAGAUUCAGUGAGGAAGGCCUCACUUCGGUCGCUUUGGUGUAACGAGCUCUGCCAAUGCAUUGUGUGGACUGUGCGAAGCUCUCCCUGGUGUUUUGAGCUUGCUGGUCACAGCCCAGUGGGCUCCAGUUGCCAAUUCUGCUGCUUGGUGGGAGAAUGUCGGUCAAACUGGGCAAGUAAUCAGCGAUGCCCCCCUCAGUGAUUGGGUAGCCAGUCAUCACUGGACGUCAUAACUCACACAUGGAGAAGGUGCAAGAUGCUGCUGGAUAAGGCAGCAAGAGAGAUAACAGGGGCAACAGCACACAGUUCUACUGGAGACAGUACUGGCCAGUGUGCAAGGCCAAUGUAGUGGAGCCUGACUCGGAGUGGAGGCAGAGAAAGAGAACUGCUGACAAUCACAGUUAUAAAUGCCCAAUGAUGGGUCACUUACUGCAAGUAUUUGUUGGUGAAUCUCAUUGUAAAUGUCUGUUAUGGUUAACACUUGCAUUGUUUUAAACUGUUUUUGAUUGAUUUCUUCAUGACUAAUAUUCUCAGAUAGCCGAGUUAAAUUCCAGCUCUGGAAUAACUGCUUGCUCCGUCCCAGCAGUGUGAAGGCUUACUGUGUAAUCACCAGCCGCAGACAUUGUGACAUGUGCUGGAUGUAUCUAUUCCAUAUUGUAUAAUCUUAAAGGUGGCUCCUUGAUGAUGUUUUGCCUAUUGUCUGUUUCAAGACUUUUCGUAGAAAACCUCAAUGAAAUAUGUUGAUCUUCU